AUGUCCAAGAGAGCUGGGUCCAAACUCCAUCACCACCUCCACCUCUCGUUUUCCCCUUCUCCCAAUCAACCAUCUGUAUCAUCAUCGCCUCUACAACAACGACAUUUUCAUCAUCUAUUCCUUUUUUGUAUUUCCAUUAUUCUUUUUUCAUUGUUGCCAAAACCAAUCGCAGUGGCAGAUGACUCUUCAUUUCACAUGUUGAACGUUUUUGCAAUGUCAGACUCUAUGAUGCCCAUUCCUGAAAAGAUGACUGCCAUUUCUAAAUCAAAUUCCAUCAUGAAUUCUCCACUAAAUUUAGUGCGUGGUGUCAUUAUUUCUAAUUAUUCCGUCAUGGAUGAUUUAGAUUUUGCAUUUCAUCUUCCAAUUUGUCCUUCUGCUCUUUAUUUGAAUCCAAAUAUUGGUAGAUAUGAUGUUUUGGUUCAAGCUCCUUCGACCUUUUCCUUAUAUAUUGUCAUUGCAGUCAUGUCUUUGUUGUUUGCGAGUAUUGUCUUUUCAUCUUAUAAUUCAGUGUUUUUACCACAUUUGAAAAAAAGAAUUCGAACGAGUGCCAUCUCGAAUACAUUGUGGAUUGUUUACUUUUUAUUGGUUUCAUUGAGAGCAGUGUUAAAUGCAGUACAUUUUGGAAAACCAACCGAAUUGAAAAGAGAUUCUCGAUUUUUAUAUGCCAUGACUAUUUGUGGAAUGAUGAUGCAUUCAUUGUCAGCAUUGUUUUUAACAUUGUCACUGAAUUAUCAAAGAAAAUAUCGAUCCGGAUUUUCACUCUCAAAGGACAAGUCCUACAGAGCUAUUCUUCAUUCACAAAUUGCAGAAGAAAGAGAAGAAGAACGAAUGAGAUCCACCUUUCAAAGAAACACCUCAUGGAUUCGAACAUAUGGAGCAAGAAUCUUUUGGACCAUUUUUUCAUUUGAAGCGUUUGCCACUUUAUGUUUUGUGUUUUCAAUCAUUGCCAUUUUAUUGAGAGCUCUCCAUUCGAAUAAUCUUCAAAAUGUGGAAAUUUACAAAUGGCUUCAAUUUUCAGCAUUAUUGUUUCAACGAGUGCCAAUUGCCAUUAUUUCCACAUUAAUUAUUUUUAGUGGACUUUUCGCAAAACUCUUUUCCAAAAAGAGUAGAAUGAAUCCUCACUAUUCCACAUCAUCUGAAUUCACAUCAGGAAGCAACACGAAUGGAGGUCCAACUAUUUUAACACGUCUCUUAAUCUUAUUAGCACUUUUAUUGAACAUUCCCAAUGACAUUCCUCUCUCUUAUUGGAAUUAUUUCAUUUAUGGAACUAGUUUGGAGAAUUUUCCAAAAUGUCUCUUUCACUUUGCAAGUAUUUUUGAUUGCAUCUUGUUGCUAUUCUUUUUCUCGUUGGUGUUGUGGCUUUUUGUAAUGAUUAUUGAAUUUAGAAGAUAUCGAAAGGAAACUGUAGAAGCUGCUUUAUCGGAUACUGUAGAGAAUUUUGAAUGA